CUUAUCGGAGCGCGCAUACUCUAGUCGCCUCGAGACCCUACGCAUGCGCAAUAGCAGCAGCGGCGGUGCACUAUCUAUCCGCGUCAAUUUGCAUUCUCGACGAGCACGCCAGUACCUCGGUGUCUGUGUAUGCGCGUAUUCUUUGUGGCUUUACACGCCAACUACACUGAACGGAAACUACAAGGAAUGGACCUUCGAAAGCCAAUGCACCAAGUAAUAGAUGGGGUACCUAGGUGCCUAUUCAUAGUUCCAGAGACGCUACGAGAAAACCUCAAGUUCCGAGCGCAGAAGGGAGAUGUGAUUCAGUCAGCAUUUCCUAAGAGCGGGACACAUUGGAUGAUGUACAUUGUGUUGCUUAAUCUGAGAGAAGGAGAGGCAAUGACUACGUAUGAAGAGUUCGCUAAGGAAUAUCGCUUGAUUGAGUAUACGGAUAUAAAGGGCUGGAAGUCAUGUCUGCCCAUGAGAACAUUCGCCACGCACUUGCCCUUGAGUGAGACCAUUAGUGAAGAAGGAAAGUACAUUUACGUUGCCCGCAAUCCGUGGGACGUGUGCGUUUCAAUGUACCACAUGGUUACCAACCUCAGCUCAUACGAGUACCAGGAUGCCACGUUCGAAGAAUUUGUUAACGUGUUUGUCAGCGGGAACUUUGGCUACGGCGACUACUUCGAACACGUGGCGUUGGCUUACAACAUUAGGCAGCAACCGAACGUGCUCUUCGUUACUUACGAAGAAAUGAAGAAGGACACUCGUGACGUGAUUAUCAAGGUAGCGCACUUUUUGGGAGAGCGCUACGAACGAGCUUUAUUAGAAGAUGAAACAGUGCUUCACAAGAUGCUGGAGAGCUCGAAGGCCGAGCGCAUGCGAAAUGUCGCAGUCGUCGAUUUUCGCAAAAGCCGUAGCCCUCACGGGAAGAAGGUAUUAGACCGAAGCUUGAUAACCUGCAAGCAGGGCUACGAAGGAGAUCAAAGGAAAUACGGUCUAGUGCGAACAGCCAAAGUUGGAGGGUGGAAAGAACACUUCACGCCAGAGCUGCUCCGACGCAUGGAAGCUAGGAUCAGUGAGGCAGAGACGGUGUCAUCCUUUAUGGAUCUCUGGAAGGACAUCCGAGCCGAGGCAUUCAAGUUAUCGCAAGGUGUCUGAUGAGGAGUGCCUGUUUCACUGAGCCGAAUGAAAUUUCAUGAAAUUAUGAACAUGUAAUUUUCAACUUCCAAAAAUAUACUUGCAUAUCAAAAUGAGCAUCCUGGAUGCCGAUAAUGGUACAGUUUGUUAUUCAAACUCAGAAACUAUUAGUAGCAUGCGCUUUGGUAUUAAGAACGAUGUGAUCAUUGCGAAAUAAAUCAAAACGUGCGCAU